AGCAACCGCGCCGUCAACAACGCUAAGCAAUCCCCAGAGGAAUGGAAAGAGUUUUUUUCUUCCCGAGAGAAGACUGCUAACAAGGGGUCGGAGGGGAAUUGCGUGAAAGAGAGAAACCUGAAUUUCUUGAGACGGCAAGGGAGUAAGGAAGGAAAGGGGAAGCAGUGAAGAAAGGGACGGAGACACUGGACAGGGAGACAAAAGUUGAGGAUAGUUUUUAAGGAGUCAUUUGGUGGCCAUGGAUCCAGCGGGCUCUUCUGAGUGCAUUUAUAACCUCAUACCCAGAGAACUGAAGGCGCCUCCCCAGCCUCCUAGGUACAUAUCAAUUUUUAGGGCAGGUGUAAAAGAUGACAUGAAAAAGUUUAAAAAUGCAAUGAAAACUAUGGGACCAGCAAAAGUUGAAUUACCUUCUCCAAAGGAUUUCCUAAAGAAACAUUCAAAGGACAAAGCUCUACCACCAAAAAAAAAGUUCGAUUGGAAUGAACCCAGAAAGCCUGCCGUGCCAUUAAGAGAUGACCAUCCAGUCAUGGGAAUACAGAGUGGAAAAAAUUUUAUAAACACAAAUGCAGCUGAUGUCAUCAUGGGAGUGGCUAAAAGGCCUAAACCAAUUUAUGUUGACAAGAGAACUGGAGACAAGCAUGAUCUUGAAACCUCAGGACUACUUCCAAAGUACAUCAAUAAGAAGGAUUAUGGUGUCAUACCUGAAUACAUAUGUAAGCGAAAUGAGGAAGUAAAGAGAGCCCAAGAAGAAUAUGAUUCUUAUAUCCAGGAAAAACUCAGGAAAGCCGCUAUGAAAAGGCUCUCCGAUGAAGAAAGGGAGGCAGUUCUGCAGGGACUGAAAAAGAACUGGGAGGAGGUACACAAAGAGUUCCAGUCCCUCUCUGUCUUCAUAGAUUCCACCCCAAAAAAGAUGCGCAAGCAGAAGCUGGAAGAAGAAAUGAAGCAGCUGGAACACGACAUUGCUGUGAUCGAAAAGCACAAAAUUAUUUAUAUUGCCAAUAAGUGAUAAUGGGUUUCUAAAGUAUAAUAGCUUUAAUGUAGGAAUAAAACAUGGAAAAUAUGAAAA